UCAGUAGAACGGUAUACGCAUGUCAGGUAAAAGCACUAUCAUACACCACUAAUUUUGGAUUACUGCAAAGUUCUCCGAUUGGAGGAUAAACCAAAGCUUGUCUGACUAUUGGUGGACACAGAUCUUGACAAAUGAUCACAAUUUUAAAUAGUAACCGACUUUUCAUAGCGUUUUUCUCCGUUUCCUGUGUUGCUGAAGUCCGUUUACAACGUAAAGUUUUCUGUGAGAAUCAUUCAAUAGUUAACUAGGAGCGCAAGGUUUUCAGUUUUCGAGAUAUUAUAAUUUUGAAACAAUCUACUUCGAUGAAAGAAUAGAUAAGUUAUGAAGAAUUAACAGUAGCUUGUGAGUUAGCUGCUGCAGCUGCUGUAUCUUAUUCGGAUAUUUCACUCACUAAGAUGGAAUCACGACUGCCAAAGCCCAAAUUUACUCUGAAGAAGGCAAUCAGCGCUUCUAAUGUGAAUUCAGCAUCAGGCACUAAUGGCAAUAAAAUUGAAACAGACAAAGCUCUUAAAAGAGUCAUAUCAACUAACGGCAGCAAUGCUGCAGAUAACUUGAAAAAAGCUCAAAGUACAAUGAGUGUGGUGUCAAAAUCCACAGAAGAACCACUGCCCCCGCGACGGCCUCUACCAGUAGUACGGGCUAAGACACUUGCUACAAUAACAAGAAAUGUAAAUACAACAAAAGCAGGAAUUAAACGACCUGGAACAUUAUCGCAGACUGUUGAAAAUAAACGACCUAAUAUUAAAACAGUAUCACAAGCUCCUGUCAAUACUAGAAUAUUGAGAAAUGCUGCAGUUACAGUUUCAAGCAAUGCAGCGACUUCAAAAGUGGUAUCCAAACAAAAACCCAAAUGGGAUUUGAAGGGGCGCUUAGAACAGACUAGCAGUGAAUUAGCCACUACUAAAGAGAGGAUCAAUUCAAUUAUUGAAAAAAAUACCCAGCUACAAUCAGAAAUUGAUAUUUUAAAGGAAAGUGAAGCAAAUAACAGAGAAAAAGCAGAAAAAUUUGAAACUUUGUGCUCGAAUUUGAAAUUGGAAGUUGUGGUAUUGCAGAAUAAAAACACAACAUUGCAAAAUAAUUGGGAGAGUCUUAGCAAGGAACAUGAGAGUUUGGAAGAUGCUUUGUCAAAGACAAAAGUAGACUUGCACAGUUAUCAGGAAAAAUGUAAAAAACAGGAAGUCGAACUUCACGAAAGAACUGAAAAGCUUGAAACCCUUGAGUUAAAAAAUAAAUCUUAUAAAGAAACAUUAACAGAACUGAAUAAAUUGAAUGCAGAUCUACAAAACAUGGUGCAUACAAUGGAUAAGGACCGAAGGCACCUCCAUAAUUGUAUUCAGGAAUUGAAGGGAAAUAUUCGAGUUUUUUGCCGGGUUAGGCCAAGGAUUGACAAAGAAUCAUGUAAAGGAUUAUGCUCAAUUGCAUUUCCUGAUGAAUGUACCAUAGAAGUGGGAAGAUCAGAAAUUGCAGAGGCAUCGACCUGUGGUGGACGACCUCGUCUAACUAAACAGGAGUUUUCUUUUGAUAAAGUUUUCCCCCCGAAUGUUGGUCAAGCAGCUAUAUUCGAAGAGCUUGCUUUAUUGGUACAAUCUGCACUCGAGGGAUACAAUGUCUGCGUGUUUGCUUAUGGCCAAACGGGCUCUGGAAAAACGUACACAAUGGAAGGUGGCCCAGGAGAAGGAGAUGCAGGGAUGAUACCAAGAACCGUGAAACACAUUUUUGAAGAAAAAAGGCAAUUUGAAUUACUUGGAUGGGAGUAUCGAAUCGAAGCUAGUUUUCUCGAAAUAUAUAAUGAACAUAUUGUGGAUCUUCUCGAUUCCUAUCAAAAAACGCAUGAAAUUCGUAUGACAGAUUCCAAAGGGACCGAUAUUUACGUCAGUAAUCUACGUGUAGAGGAGAUAUGCACUCCUCAGGAGUUGGAAAAUUGUCUGAAAACAGCUCAGAGAAAUAGAGCAGUUGCCGCAACACAGUCAAAUGAAAGGUCAUCGAGGUCCCACUCUGUAGCAAGAAUAAAACUGAUAGGAACCCAUAAAACACGAAACGAGGUAUGUACGGGUACCUUGAAUUUAGUUGAUUUAGCUGGAUCUGAAAAGCUGCGUCAUGACGAAGUAGCAAGAACAACUGAAACUAAAAACAUUAAUAAAUCGUUAGCAAAUUUGGGCAAUGUCAUUUUGGCUCUUCUCAAAAAACAAGAUCACGUACCAUACAGAAACUCAAAACUAACUCAUUUGUUAAUGCCAUCCCUAGGUGGCAAUUCAAAGACAUUGAUGUUAUUGAAUAUUUCACCUCUAGAUGAAUGUUACAACGAAACAUUAAACUCUCUUAGGUUUGCUAGCAACGUUAACAGUUGCAAAACUGGUAACAUCAAACGCACACGAGCCACGCUUACCGUUGCUACUUAGUACAAUGUUUCAUCCUUUUUAAACACUAACACUUUUAAAAACUUGAAUGCAUAUGUAUAUAUUUAAUCUAUCAUAGAGUGUAAUGGAGCUAUAGGCCCUAUUUCUGGUAGAAAAAAUGAUAACUGAACAGUUAGAUCUCCCAUUCUCUACUGUGUUUAUAAUUUUGGCGAGCACGGGCUCCUUUGGAAUAAAUUCUCGCGCCGCAAUAUUGUGAAUACUCAAUUUGCUACUCAAAAAGUCUACAUUGAUUCAUCAUGAUCAUAUUUUCGAAAGACUGACUCGCGACCCACACAUUCAUUCAUUUCUACUGAAGGUGAAGCAUGUUAUUUUACGUAAUGUUAUAAGGUAUUCACAAUCGCUUCUGGCAUAAGCGACUUGUAAAAAAUCUUUAAAAUUUAAGUGGUUGAUAUCACGUAUAAUUCUACAUUAGCGACUUUACACUCAGUACAGUACAAAGCCUUGUUUCAUCAUAUCCUGAACUCUUGAAUGAAGUCACCAGCUAGACUUUGGAACAUGAAUGUCAGAAAAAGACUCAAUUUACGAAACCCAGUGUUUCGAUGAAACUCUCAUUCUGGAUUUCAACUUUUGAUGUAUAAUUUGUCCGUACUUCAAACCGAAUUGAUGUAUUGUUGAACAAAAAUCUUACAACGUAUACCUACUUGAACGGACGUCGGUUGGCUGGAAAAUAAAGUAUUUUAUUACAAUGGA